AUGGGAAGAAUUAGCCUUAGCAUUGAUUCAAUUGCUACCGAAUUCCGGGGAGUCCAUAACCUAUUGGCAAAAAGGGAUAAAGAGAGAGAGCAGCAGAGUUAUAUGUGGGAUGCCAUUAAGGAGACCCCAAAUUUGGAUGAACGUGCUCGUUAUGACGCACUUUCUUUGUUGAAUACUAACACAAAAAAGGAUGCAUUUUUGAAAAUGUCUCCUUAG